AUGGCAGCACCAUCUGGUUCCCCUCCGGUCGUCCCAUCGCCCUCCCCUCCUUCUGAUCCGCCAACGUCCCCAAUCCCACCAUCGCCCAUUACCCCUCCUUCUACACCCCCAUCACCGACCGAAACUCCCCCUUCUUCACCUCCCUCCUCUGCAACUCCCCCACCGCCGCCUGUUACUCCCCCUUCUAUACCUCCAAGUUCUCCCCCACCGCCGCCCAUUCCUACCUCUGCGCCACCACCUUCCCCUCCGCUGUCUCCGAGCCCACCUCCACCUUCCCCUCCGCUGCCUCCGAGCCCACCUCCACCUUCGCCUACUACCCCCUCAGCGGCUCCCCCAUCCCCCUCUAUCGUCCCACCUCCACCGGCGCUGCCCGUGUCGCCGGCGGCGGCCCCGCCGCCACCUCCGAGACGGACCCCAUCACCGCGUCCGCCGCCGUCACCUGUCCUUUCCCCUCCGCCAGACGCUCAACCCUCUUCUUCCCCACCACCGCCACCAUCUCCGACCAACGACACUCAGGGACCUGCCGCUUCUCCUCCUCCUUUAAGAACACCAUCUUCUGCGCCGCCUCCGGUCUCCAGUCCCACCAACUCCUCAACCCCUUCACCCCCAUCGUCGCCUCCAGUUCUCACAUUUCCGCCACCGGUCACACCCUCAGGUGGCUCCAAUUCCCCCACCACAACCAACUCUACCACGAGCCCUGGAGUACCACAGACGAUGGACUCCGCUGGAGGCGGAGAGAUCAGCACAGGAGCUAUAGCAGGAAUCGCCAUCGUAACAAGCCUUGUUGCGAUCAGCUUACUGGGGAUACUCCUGUGGGCCUUGAGGAAGAGGAGGAAGAAGACGCAAGGGUUCUCUCAAGGCUACGGCAGUGUCUUGCCCUCCCCAGCUCAGUCGUCUCAAGCGUCAGGUAUUCAUCACUCCCUAGCAAAAAUAAAAAGAAUAAAGUGGCAAUCUUUUUCCAAUUUUUCUCAGAGAAACCCAGAUUUUGAAUCUGGAAAGCGGUAG